CGUCGGCUCCGUGCUAGGCUGAGACGGGAGGGUCCUCGGCUAAAGCCCAAAGCAGAUCAAAGUGUUGGGACUCGCGUCGUGGCCGCGGAGACUAAAAGGAGGACUCCGGAUCCGGCUCGGCGCUCGCCCUCGCUCGCCAUGGAGAAGACCGAGCUGAUCCAGAAGGCCAAGCUGGCCGAGCAGGCCGAGCGCUACGACGACAUGGCCACCUGCAUGAAAGCCGUGACGGAGCAGGGCGCCGAGCUGUCCAACGAGGAGCGCAACCUGCUGUCGGUGGCCUACAAGAACGUGGUCGGGGGCCGCAGGUCCGCCUGGAGGGUCAUCUCGAGCAUUGAGCAGAAGACCGACACUUCUGACAAGAAGUUGCAGCUGAUCAAGGACUAUCGGGAGAAAGUGGAGUCGGAGCUGAGGUCCAUCUGCACCACGGUCCUGGAAUUGUUGGAUAAGUAUUUAAUAGCCAAUGCAACUAAUCCAGAGAGUAAGGUCUUCUAUCUGAAAAUGAAGGGAGAUUAUUUCCGGUAUCUUGCUGAAGUAGCUUGUGGCGAUGAUCGAAAACAAACGAUAGAAAAUUCCCAAGGAGCCUACCAAGAGGCAUUUGAUAUAAGCAAGAAAGAGAUGCAGCCUACGCAUCCAAUCCGCCUGGGGCUGGCUUUUGAUGAGGCCAUCGCAGAACUUGAUACACUGAACGAAGACUCGUACAAAGACAGCACCCUCAUCAUGCAGUUGCUUAGAGACAACUUAACAUUAUGGACAUCGGACAGUGCAGGAGAAGAAUGUGAUGCAGCAGAGGGGGCUGAAAACUAAAGGCCUCCAGGGAACCAACCUCCUUCCCCUCAAAACCUUUUUACAUCUCCAUUCCUUAUUCCACUUGGAUUUCCUCUAGCAAGGAAGCCCAUUCAUGUGUAUGGGAUCAACUGUUUAUAGUCUUUUCACACUGCAGCUUUGGGAAAACUCCAUCCCUUGGUUUGUGUUGUCUCCGCCUUCCUGGUGUGCAGUUACUGCUGUAGAAAAGUAUCAAUAGCUUCAUUUCAUAUAAACACGAGUAACUUCCAGACACUUGUGUAGAGGAGUGACAGCACAUUUGGUAUUUAAGUAAUCUGAACCAGUUCUGCAAGUGACUGUGUUUUGUAUUACUGUGAAGAUAUGGAAAAUGUAGUGCAUUACAAUUUAAAGUAAUUGUAUAACAACUUCUUGAUUUCUACAUUCCUUUUCUGAACCUUCUUGGGGGUUUUCUUUCAGAAGCAACUUUUCCAUGCUCUUAUUAACAAAUUCCUUUUUAGUAGGAAUCCAGAAGUGUUAGAUUGAAUGGGAAAGCGCUUAAUGCAUCGGGCUUGGGGUCACAGAUUGAAAUGUCUCCUGUGUCACAUAUUCUAGAGGUUACAUCUGUCUGUGACAACAGGGAAUUUCCUUAUGCAUUCUUCAUUUGCUGCUGUUUAAGUUGAAAACUUCCUUCCCAAUAAAAAUUCACUUACACCUCCUGCCUUCGUAGCUCUGGUAUUCACUUUACCUUGUGAUAGAAGUAGCAUGUUGCUGCCAGAAUACAAGCAUUGCUUUGGGCAAAUUUAAAUGCAUGUCCUUUCUUAAUAUACUAGAAAGGAGAAAUAAAGUACACAAGUCCAAGUCUAAACUUUAGUACUUUUCCAUGCAGAUUUGUGCACAUGUGAGAGGGUAUCCGGUUUGUCCAGUGACUGUUCUUUAGAGAGUUGGACCACUAUAUUGUGUGUUUGCUAAUCAUUGACUGUAGUCCCAAAAAAGCCUUGUGAAAAUGUUAUGCCCUAUGUAACAGCAGAGUAACAUAAUAAAACUACAUUUUAUAAAACCAUUUAUUAUGGCUUUGUAACAAUUGCAUACCCGUAUUUUAAGGAACAGAUGAAUUUACUACUUUUUGACAUUUUUUGAUAUUUCUCUUUAUGUAACAUGUAGUGGUGAUACCCGUAUUUCUGCAUUGUGGUACACUUGUCUAAGGUUCCAGGCACUAAAAAUUGGACUAUAUUUCUCCAGAUAGCCUCAUGGGUCAUCUUCCUCAGAUGUAAUGAUAAUCUGGUUAGGUGUCAUAUGAAAUAAAGUGAUGUGAUGAUGA